UUUCAGUUAUGAUAUAUUGAUUUUUCCGAAACAUUUAAAUUCAUUAGGACUAAAAAUCACGAUAUUAUAGACACCGAAAUAAGUGAACUAUAGACAGUGGUGUAUCACGAAAUUAUCUGACAUUUAUAUGGAAACAGGAAAAACUUAUCUGAUUUUACCUUUGCGUAUGUAAAAAAUGAAUUCAACGAACAAUUCACUGUCCAUCCAUCCGUUUGAUGUUUGGCCGUAAAUGGCCUCUGGAAAGCCUUGGAUACCACAGUCACGGAAGCAUUCACCAGGAAAUAUGAUGAGUGGCGGGAUGUAAUCACCAAACGCAUUAAAGCAAACCAUGACCCUUUUGUCAGCACCGUACUUCUCCCAGGUGUGGAACCAAGCUUGUACCUCCCCGACAGUUUAUCUAUCAAGAUAGCACGUGGAACGCCGAACAUGAAGGAAGCCUUACUGAAAAAGAUCUAAAAUGGAUAAUUGUGGUCCAUGCAAGUUUCGAAAUAAAGACACUGAAGCUACCAAGUACUGUCUGACAUGCCAAGAACCACAAUGUUAGACAUGUGCUGAUAUUCACAGCAGUAGUAAGGCGACAAGGAAUCAUCUUCUUUUGACGAUCGAAGAGCUGAGCAAUGCUUCCAAGACGAAAGGAGACCUAGAAAAGUUUCAGAAUUGUUGUGACCAUCCCGAGAAGAAGCUCGAAUUCUUCUGUAUAGACCAUUCCCAUCUAAUGUGUAGCACGUGUUUGUUGAACAUACAAAAGCUUGACUGCAAAACUAUCGUUGAUAUUGAAACAGCAGGCGAAGAGCUAGUAACAAAGAAAUUUAAUGAACAAUUAAUAAGGGAUUUGGAAAGUGUUGUAGACCAUUGCGAAGAAAGAGAAAAAGAAAUUCAGGGUUUAAUAGACAGAAGCCAUAGCGAAAGACGAGAACUUCAGAAAUAUAUUGAAGACUUCAAACAUAAAAUAAUAAUGCACUUUAACAAGUGUGAGAAGGAUGUUCUGCGUGAAGUGGAUACUAAUGUAAAAUCACAAGUCACAGAAUUCACUAGUCAACAGACCGUUUUAAGAGACACUCUGCAAGAAGCUAGAGAAAGUAAGGAAAUUCUACAAACGGUAGUAAGUCAUAAUUCCAAAGCUGAUAUUUUCCGAUGUACCCUAUCUAUAACGCAGCAGCUAAGCAAGUUUCAAUCAAACAAAUCUAAGGCCACGGCUAAGAUGUCUACCCAUUCUGUUAAAGUAUCUCCAGCAUUUAUUGCACUUCUAACAUCAAUGGAUACUCAUCCUAUCAUGCAGUGUAAAACGAUUACCAGUUCUAAAACAUACUCUAGUAAAGUGAACAUAAAAACGAACAGAGACAAUUUUUUGGAGACUACAGAACAAGUUGCUCGAACUAGGGACAGGGAGGCAUCAGAUGAUUAUACGUGUUCUAGUGCUGACGCCGAAAUGGAAGAGUCUGAUACCAAGGCAAACAGCACUCUUUCAAACAAAAGCGGCAUCGGGACUGCAGAUAAUUCAGGUCAAAGCGUCAAUGCAAAGGCACCAUUAAAUGCAACGGUCAACACAUACAAUAACGAUUCUCAAAGUCAGCACAUGUCAGAAGUUCUUCAAACAACACCAGAUAGUAGACAGCCUUUUAUAUCUGGCAUUGUCACACUAACUGAUGGUUCCUUUGUAUUAUCGGUCAAUAGAUGUCCGAGAUUGAUACGCGCGGAGGAAGACUUAACGUAUAAAGACACAGCAGAUUUAUCACAUCUUCCUGGUAACAUGACAGUUCUAAAUGACAAAUAUCUAGUGGUAUGUUUACAGAAUGCUGACCGUGUAGCAUUUGUCUCGUUAUCACCCGAGUUUAAAUGGAUGAGGAAUUUGAAAACAAAGUACACACCAAAAGAUGUACAUGCUCUUGAUACAACAAGCCUGCUUGUUUCAAUGUUUGAUGCUUCUGGUAAGAAAUGGUAUCUGCAGAAAAUUACAACUAACGGGACAAUUCAGCUGGACAUCGGUAAGGCAAGGUCUAUACUAGAUGCCAGUCAAAUUUCAUCUUUGAAAUUAACUCCAACGUCUCCUAGGUAUUAUCUCCAGUGUUGCAAGGUAUCAAAUGCGCUUUAUUGCUUUGAGGCUAAUGGAAAGGACAUUUUUAAAUACAAUGUCAUGUCACCAAAAUACUUAUAUGUUGACUGUGCUGGGAGGAAAAUAUAUGUGCUGGAUUCGUUUGGUUCGGUUCAUAUCCUGACAAAGGAUGGUGUGCUUCUUAAAAAAAUUAAUGUCUCAGAAGAAGCAAACGGAUUGACAUGCCAUAGGAAAAGGAACAUUCUCUUUAUUACAAGACAAUAUUCAGCCUUAAUAGGCGUGUAUGAUUUAAUACGCUGAAAGCAUAGAAGGCCGCCGGAAGAUACUGUAUUUCUGUCAAAGUAAAUGUGGAUUUGUAAGCGGAAGGGGGAUGAUAAACGUGUUGAAAUUUGAAAGUUUUACGUUGAAUAAAUUGUAUGUUCUAGUUGUUGAACACUUAAUUAAAAAGGUUAUCAGGAAUAUACAAACAAGGACAAAAAUUCAAUAGAUACCUACCCAGAAACGAAACUACAACCGUGUAUGUAUGGCUGUGUACAGGACUGACAUUUACACACAAAUAACUGGCAAAGUGAUAAUAAUUUGUAAAUACAAACAUUGUCUGUUUCGUGUCCGGUCUAUAACUCUGCCAUUUAUCAAGCGAUUUUGAAAUUACUUGGCACAAAUGGCAAGACCCCGAACCCUAGCUCUAAGGUCAAGGUCACACUUAUUAACAUGGUCUGUUUCUUGUCGUGUCAGUAACUCUGUCAUUCAUCAAGGGAUUUUAAAAUUACUUGGCACAAAUGUUCCCAAUAAUGAAUUGAUUAGUCAUGCGCAAGACCCCUAGACCCAGACCCCUAGCUCAAACGUCAAGGUCACCUUUGGGGAACAUUUUUGGUUGGUGUGUGUGCGUGUGUGUGACUUUUUUAUGCAUCGGUGUAUAUUCAAAUAACUUGGCAUAAAUAUUCACAAUUACAAGACUGUCAUGUGCUAAGGGCAAGGCCACAGGUACCUAAGAUAACUUUCCUUUUUUUCUGUAUAUGAGCGUACUUCCAUUUCAUAUGAUAAAGUACAAUUCAUGUGUUUUUAUAUCAGUUUUCCCACUAUUUUAAAAAUGAAAUUAUGUUUUUAAGUAAGAUGAUUUAAAAAGCAGUAAACAAUUGUAGACUUGUAGAAUGCAACCCAGGCACAAGUUACAAGUAAGUGAUAUAUAUAGGUAAAUGCAGCAUAACUAUGGUUGCAACACAUAGGGUUGAUAAUGUAGUGCAGCACUGUUUUAACAGUAAAAUUAACUUUUUGUGGUGUGUAAUUGUUAUUUUAGUAUCAUAUAAGGGUCAUGCAUUUCAUUUGGUUAUUAAAUACCCCCCUUUAAUAUGAUAAAAUAUUUCAUUACA